CUGGGGAUGCAGCAAUCCCUUGGCUGGUGCCAGGCUGGAGGUGAACCCCCUCCCAGGUUUUGUGACAGGCUCAGAGCUCUUGUUCCAGGAGAGAAGGCUCCCUGUGAGGACUCCCCAGGCUGUGCUUUCUCCUGCUUUCUUAUCCAGACUUUGCUUCUGCCAAGGAUGUUCUUCCUGCUGCUUGUCCUGGGAGUGCUGGCAGGUGCCAUGGAGAUCCAGGUCCCGGAUGAGCCCGUGGUGGCUCUUUUUGGCCAGGACGCCACCCUGCGCUGCUCCUUCUCCCCCGAGGCCAACUUCAGCCUGGACGACCUGAGCCUCAUCUGGCAGCUGACAGACACCAAGCGCUUGGUCCACAGGUUCUCCGGUGGCCGGGACCAGCUGGAAGACCAGGGCAGGGUCUACACCAACCGCACGUCCCUCUUCUAUGACCAGCUGCCCCAGGGCAACGUGUCCCUGCUGCUGCGGCGCGUGGAGAUCGCGGACGAGGGCAGCUUCACCUGCUUCGUGCGCGUCCGCGACUACAACAGCGCCGCGGUGACGCUGCAGGUGGCAGCUCCCUACUCCAAGCCCAGUGUGCACCUGGAGCCCAGCAAGGACUUGAAGCCAGGUGACCUGGCCAUCGUGACGUGCCACGCUUCCCGCGGCUACCCCGAGGCCAGCGUGCUCUGGCAGGACAGCCGGGGCAGCAACAUCACGGAGAACAUCACCACGUCCCAGGUGGCCAACGAGGAAGGUCUCUUUGAUGUGCACAGCGUCCUCCAGGUGCUGGUGGAGCCCAGCAUCACCUACUCCUGCCUGGUGCAGAACCUGGUGCUGCAGCAGCACGGCCACGCGUCCGUCACCAUCACGGACCUGCUGGGGGAGGCCAUAGUUCUGUGCACCGAUGGUUUGCCUUCCAAAGCCACCCUUGUGCCACCAACUCCCUCCAUGGGGACGUGCCCCCGGCACCGCGGGGUCCUGGUGUGGGGCACACGUUCCCUGGUUGGGCAGUGGUGCUCACCCAGGUGUUGUGUGUCCCCUCCCCUGCAAGGCCAGCACCUCGCCUUCCCCGCCGCCGCGCUCUGGGUCACGGUGGGACUCGCCAUCUGCGUCCUGGGGCUGCUCGUCGUCCUGGCCUACGUGUGCCACAAGAAAAUCCGGGAGAGCUGCGAGGAAGAGGAGGAAAACGCAGGGACGGAGGAGCAGGAUGAGGAGGGGGAAGAGCCCAAGACAGCUCUGCAGCUACUGAAAAGUGUGGAGAGCAAAGAGGAUAACGAGCAAGAAAUUGAUUGACAGGGCAGUGCCCUGUGCCCUGGACCAGCUGAGAUGUCCCCAGUGGGGACGAGGUCCGGGUCCCCUGGGAGGACACGGACCUGCUGCCACCCCUCAUCCCGGGUCCCAUCACCUUCCUCCCUCCCUGGCCAUGUCUUUGGGGUGCCCUGGGGCUGCAAAGAGGCUGCAUCUCUUCAUCCCUGGCAAGCUCCGAAGGCUGGUGUGUCCCUCCUAGGGAUGGUGUGUGUGGGAUGGAGGAUUUUCCCUGUCCAUCCCCACGUGGGGCUGAGAACAACCAGCGUCACCCUUUCCCCCAGGCACCCCCUGCACCUCCUCCCUCGUGGCCACAGCUGAGCCAGCCACCUUCCAGGUGCCUUCCAGGGCACAUUUCACUGCCCUUCCCAAGCCCAGAGGCCUUGAGAGUGGUGAUGGCUCAGCAAGGUCCCUGGGAAUGACUGCUGGAGCCCUGGAGGCUCUGGGAAGAUGGGUGGGACCCAGGGGUCCCCAGGCACGGUGCUCUUGGCCCCCCUGGAGGCACCACUCCAGGGGCAUGUGGGGAUAAUUAUUUUUUUCACUUUGCAACACUGUGGUUCCCACUGGACUUAUAUUUUUGCCUUAAAUGCAAAAUCCCAUUGGGGUGGUUAUCUCCUGCUUAGGACUUGGGUUUUUUUGGGAAGGGCAGGCCUUGGGGGGCACCUGCUGGCCAGGUGAGGCCCUGCUGUCCUCCCCGUGGUGACAGAGCUGAUGCUUCGGGUGCUGAAGCACUGGUUGGGCCAAACCUGGCCAGGGUGUGGGGUUGAGCACCCGUUUUUCCCAUGGGAUCAUGGGGUUUUGCCCUUGUGCAUGUCCUGGGAGUCCUCCUGUUGCUGCUGGGGGCAUGGGGGCACCCAAACUGCCGGGGUGAACGAGGUGGCGCGUCCCUGGUCCUGCUCCAGGGGUGGAGAAGUCCCCGAUGGCUCUUCUGCUGGUUUUAGUCAUUAUUUAAAGUCCAGAAUCUGAAGGGAUUAUUGUGCCUUGACAAAUAAAUUUGGGGUUGUUUUGGCCAA